AAUCAAACAUGGCGUCCGCGCAGUGGUAAAAGAGCAGACGAUAUUUCGCGGGCAGUGCGGGCGAAAUGGUUUACGACAUCAAAUGGAUAAUACCAAAGCUUCGAAAUCCGACAAAAUUUUGGAAGUUCGCAAGUUCGAUUACGUUCGCAGCAGUGGGGAUAUUCUCUAAGUUCAUUCUAGAAUGGUUGAACAAAACUAAAAUAUACAACAAGCAUAUCAUAACGAGGGCCUUGGAUUGUCGACCUCGGAACGUCCCUCUCAUCACCAUAUCAAACCAUCACAGCUGCUUCGACGAUCCUGGAAUUUGGGCUACCCUGGAUCUUCGCCACUUGAUAAACAGGCGUGUGAUAAGAUGGUCCCUAGCUGCGCACGAUAUAUGCUUCACCAAUGUUUGGCACUCCUACUUCUUUAUGUUAGGAAAAUGCGUGCCUGUUCUCAGAGGGGAAGGAGUUUAUCAAGAGAGCAUGAACUUUUGCAUUGAAAAAUUAUCCAGCGGUGAAUGGGUUCACGUAUUUCCGGAGGGCAAAGUAAACAUGCUCAAAGAAAAUACGAGGUUGAAAUGGGGUGUAGGAAGACUUAUACUAGAAUCUCCGGUGACCCCGUUAGUAAUUCCUAUCUACCAUUUGGGGAUGGAUGACGUUUUACCUAAUGAACCUCCGUACAUGAUAAAAACUCAUAAAAAAGUAACAAUGAAUUACGGGGACCCCAUAGAUUUCAGCGAAAUGUUGAAAGAACUGAGGUCAGCCAAAGCAAAUGAAAUUGAUGCUAGGAAAGCGAUUACUGAUCGUAUUCAAGAGGAACUUUUAAGAUUGCGAUCGGUUACGGAGAAACUUCACCUGCAGUCUUGACCGAUGUCAGGCGGUUCUCGCCGUCAUUCUAUCUAGCCACAAUUCGCCAAAAACGGUGUCAAUAGUAUGAAUGAAAGGAGAUAUAACAGUGAUUCAACCAUGAAGAAUAAAAAUAAAUUUUUAUACGAAUACAACAACUCCAGCCAAUAAUAUAAUAAUAAUGCAAAACUAGGUUUUGGAAAUAUCGUUUACGAAAGCUUCUGUAAAGUCAGCCUUAAAAUAACAGUAUAUAAUGUUAGAGAAACUUUAGCGAUUGGAUGGUAGGUGUCUACUUUCAAAAUGCGACAAGAAUUUUGCAUAUUCAUCAUUAGAACAUAAGGAAUGAAAUUUUCAUACUUUUUGGUUGUUGAUGUACAGAAUACUGCAAAUCCAGGAUCAAAUCCCUCGGGUCUUGUUUCUGACUGAAUUUAGGUAUCGGUUCUUUAUACCUAGAGAAUGAAUGACCGUUUGUCGUAAAAACAAAGUAAUGAAUACCUAGUAGAAUACUAAUGAAACUACAAUAAUUGCUUGGAAAUCGUGCAAGUGAACAACGAGUGUGUUCCCAAGUUUAUAUGAUCCGUUAAUAUAUAAUAAUAAGAUCAGGUAUUUAUCUAUAAAUAUCAAAUCUACUCGUUCCCUAUUCUCCAUAAAUACUGUACAGUAUAUAUAUAUAUACAUAUAUUAACACUUGUGAUUUUAAUAGUAUGAAAGAUUAUACGAUUAGUUCGAAAAAUGUGUAAGCUAAUACCUUCUAAUAUUUAUUGUAAAAAGGUCAGCCACCGUACAUUAAUUUUUAGUAUAUUAAACGUCCUCUCUAAUCUAUUGUUUAAAAAACAUAAUAAUAAUGCUAAUAAUCACAAUAAUAAUAAAUAAUGGUAGUAUCCUUGCUAAACAUACAAAUAUGCAGAUAUUUAGUACUUUUCAGGUUGUAGGUGAUUCAAUUAUUGAAUUGAGGUGACCGGAAAAUAAGCUACAUCAAUUUUAAUCUAUACCGGUUACAAUGACCAGUAUUGUUAUUAGUUCUUAGCAACAUUGUUAUAUAGUUAAUAAACACAGAAAAAUGAAUUUGAAAAGCGGGGUUCGAUCUUUCAUUUCAAUCUAUCGGUCUAUUUGAACGUUGACUACUCAAGAAAGAUUCGUUUAAAACUGAAUUUAAACGCUCUGUAGUCAUUAAUAAACUAAAAUUGGAAGGUGAUGAUAUUUGUGACUGUAAGAAUAAUUUACGAUUAAAUAGAGCUCUGUAGGAAUUGAUUGUUAUUAUAUUAUACAUUUGUUAAAUAUUCACAGACAAAUUAUACAGCACAUAGAUUGUUACCACAAUUUAGAAAUAGACACUGUUACACGAGGUUACAAAUAGAGAUGUUGGGUGUUUUUGGCUAAACAUACAGGUCGCAUACAUGUGUCGUUGGACCACAAGUCCACUGAGAAAUUCGAAUGUACACCAUGCAACAUCUGAAAUAACUUGGAAGUAUUCGCGUUUGGCAUUAGUUUGCAUAUGCACUAUCACAUGAUUUAUUUUUAUAUUAUAUUCAGCGUGUACUAUAACUUUUUAAAUGAUUCAAAAUUGGAAUACCUAUGCAUCGCAACGGUGAAUAAUAAAAAAUAAAAAACUGUAAUAGUUAAUUCAUUUUUUGACAACGCUGUCUUACAGCUAUGCUAACAAAGUUCAAACUACAAUUCUAUCGAUAGCUGGUGCAAAAAGCUGACUGAGUGAGUGUUUAUAUGUAUAUUUUUUUUUUUUUAAACUCUAAAGUUGAUAUUCAUUUCAAUAGCAUACAUUUUUAGUACAUAUAGGUACCUACUAUUCAUACAUACGAAGGUGAAAAAAAUAUGCACACUCCUCAUAAGUGGUUGAAUUUUGUUCUUUAAAAUGCAUAUUAUGCCAUACAGGGUAAAAAAUAGACUUUGAAUAGAUGAAACAAAGAUAACUAUCAACAUACAAUAAUAAUAAUAAUAACAAUAUCGAAUAAAUAAAUUCCGGAUAAUCAGAGUGCCCCAUUUUAUAACAAACUAAAUAACAAAUAUCCGUAAAUAAAGUAAAGGAUCACCAAUUAUUAUACAAAUAUCAAUAUCACGUCAACAACAUUUUUAAAUAAACCAGUUUUCAGAUUCAAACGAACCUUAAUUGAAUAUAGAUAUACUAGAAUUUUUUCUGUAACAUCACUAUUACUGACAGUUCUGGUUUGAAACAUGUAUAUCAGAAACUGUCACAUUAUGUACCUGGGUGAAGCCGCAUCUGAGAAUGCAUUAUAUUUAACAUGGUG